UAAAAUUGUCAAUAAUAUAUACAAAUAAACUCACCAUGCAGAAAACGCAUAUUUUAUCCUAGUGUUUAUAUAUAAUUUAAAUUUUGAUUCAAUUAGUUGCAUGUUUUCUUUACACCAAUCGUUGUAUUUUAAAAUAAUACUAGUACUAGCAUGCGACCUACUUUGUAAUAAUUUUAAUAGCUAAAUCGACUUAAAUUAAUUAGUUUAUACUUGCAAUAGUAAGUACGUUAUAGUCUCUAUAUAAAUGCCCCCAUAGAUGGAAGUGUUACUUCACACCACCAUUCUCAAACAUUCUGAGAGUCCAAAAUUAACAACGAUAUUUAGUUUCUCUUAUUUUUCUGUUUUCUUUUUCUUUCCCAUUUUUUCUCCAAUGGAAUCAUAUAUGGGUCAGAAGAAAACAUUGUUCGCCUGUGUUUUUUUAGUGAUGGUUCUCUUUUUAGGGUUUAGUUGCGUCCACGGACGAAUCCUAAAAAAUAUGAAUGUUGAUCAUGAAGAUAACAAGAAAAUGAUGGUAAUGCACAACGGACUGAUGGUUGAUCAAAAGACGGUGCAGCUCUCGCCAUCACCACCGUCGCCUUCACCGCCGCCACCGGGAGGUAAGGGAGCAGAAGAUUUUAGGCCUACAUCACCCGGUCAUAGCCCUGGCAUUGGCCAUAGUUUACCCCACAACUAAUCAUAUUUAUGCAAUUCCACAUAUUCAUGUGUCUCAGUAUGUGUUGUUAACGUGUGAUUUGUUGUCUUUUAAUCAUUCUCAUGCAGUUCCACUCAUGAUAUGUUACGUCGGUCGUUCGAAAUUUCUUUAAAUAUGGCUUUAUUGAAUAAAAUGGUUUAGGUUUUCUUUCCGAUC